AUGGCGACCCUCUCUUCCAAUCGAUUCUUUGAUCUUAUCAAACCUGGAAUCACCACCAAAGCCCUACCACACAUAGGAGGAUCUGACCAUCGAAUGAAACCACAUCUUCUACAGUUCCAAAAAUAUCUUCCAGGGUUACGAUCCGUCCAUGAAGUGAUCUUCGUUGCUUCAUUCCCACAUCUGCAAGUCACCAUCUUUGAAUCAGAAGCGAUUGGAUGUCAUGAAGGGUGCAACGGUCGAGCAACAGUGGAAAGGAGGAGAGAUGAUCGACUGAUGAAGCUAAAGGAUUUGCCCAAAAAUCGGACAUGCAAUUUCUUUUAA